UCUGCUCCUCAGAUGAGCUUGGACCAUGGGGGAAGCUACAGCUGGAUGGAAUCUUUUUCUUCAGCCGACACAGUGAGAAAAAGUAACACUGACAACGUGUAACAACCGAAAGUAACGCCGACACGGAGCAAUAAUGCUCUCACACAUUCAACAAGUAAACGAAGCAGUGGAAGUUUCUUCUGCCAAAGUGAAAUAACCCACAAUCCGCAAGAGACGGCUCAGCAGACAGGCGCACAGAGACGACCACAGAGGCAACAUGUCUACAAGUAACAUCAGUCUGCCCUCCAAGCGGGACAGCAAGGGCAGUUUCUUCAAGCUCAUCGACUCAUUUGCCUGGGAGAUCGGCACUCUGAAGAAGGUGAUGGGGAAAAACACGGAGCCUGUGGGAGGAGAUCAGAAGACAGAAACACUUGUGGGACUGGGGGAAGAAGUGGGAGGCCUCUUCCUGCAGGCCUCACCUUGUGCUGGCAUUGGUGGAGGGCUGGCCGGUGCCAGAGACUCUGGCUACGACUCGCUUCACCGACGCGUCAGCGUCCUGGACAGACUGGUGCAUACCCAUACUGUGUGGCUACAGCUGGGCCUUAGCCACGAGGAAGCCAUGCACAUACUGCAGAACGAGCAAGCUGGGACAUUUGUGGUGAGGAAAUCAGCCAGCCUGCAGAAAAAAGUCAUAUCUCUACGCAUGGAUAAAGACUCGAGCGUUCCUGUCAAAGAUUUCCCCGUAAAGGAGAGCCAGUACACUUUCUCUCUAGAGGGAUCAGGACUGAGCUUUGCGGACCUUUUCCGCCUCAUGGCCUUCUGCUGCAUCAGCAGGGAUGUGUUGCCGUUUACUCUGAAACUCCCAGAGGCCAUCGCUUCAGCCAGAACUUUUUCUGAUCUUGAGGAAGUUGCUAAGCUUGGUGCAGGCUUCUGGGAUGUUCCAUUGUGCAGCAGGAGGAAGAGCCCAGUGUCGUUGACGGGGACAGCAGCCCCUGACAGACCACCCCCACCUGCCCACAGACCAGUGUCCUCAACAGCUACCUCAGGACGCCCUCGGCUUCAAACUCGCACCCCAUCUGAGCUUGAGUGUUGCCAAGCCAAUGGAGCGCUGUGCUUCAUCAACCCCCUCUUCCUAAAGGUCCACCAGCCAGAUGAUAAUCAGAGCUUCACUCCCAACAUCCCCGACACAGGAAAGCAGGACCUGAGAGAGGAAGCUGACAAAAGAAAAGGCAGCAGUAAGGAAGCUCAGGUUUGCAGCUCAGAUCACAGCCACAGCAGCCAGUCACAGCAAGAAAACCUGCAGAACCCUGACAGAAACACAGAGCUACACACCAGCACAAGUCACAAACUCAGCGGGCCAGAAAGCGUGACACGAUUUCCACCACCUCGGCCACCUCCACCUCGCUUUACAGCACAGCAAACAGCCCCUCCUGUUCGGCAGCGCAGCAUGCCCGAAAAGAUCUCCUGGAUCAAGGAGAAGGUGGAGGAGAGGGAGCGAGGCAGCAGCCUCCUUUCUCGCCUUGGCUCCUCGCUAAGUAUCAGCCCCUCAUCCUCUCCGCCUAAGAGACUUAGCAUCAGCUCACCUAUAUCCAUCCCCCGGCCAUCACUGCCCCUCUCUCUGCCAUCUCUGUCCUCAUCUCCACGUCGAACCAAAGCCUCACCAACAUCCAGUCUAGAGGACGCUCAGUGUCACCGAGCUCUGGAGGACGACACCAUUGAGAAGGCCCUAAUCAGAGCCAAACUAUCCCGGCAAAAGGCUCUACCCUGCUCCCAGAACUCCUGCAGUCCCCCAGACUCCACCGUGGUGACAGCAGUCGAGCAUGGAGAGGUGGGCGGAGGAGAGGAAGAAAGAGUUGACGAAUGCAGCGGGGGCAGCCAGCGGCUCAGUGACAUGAGCCUCUCCACAGACUCGUCAGACUCGCUGGAUUUCUCUCAGUCCUCAGCUUUCUUUAUGCCUCCUAUGCAUGACCCCAGCCCCCCCACUGAGGCUGACUUCAACACCCACCUCCCCCUCUCCAUCCCACCGUCCCACCUAGGUUUCUGCAGUAUGGAGGACGAUGACGACGAUGAGGAUGAAGAUGACGAAGAGGAACCCGACUAUGGCGUCAGCCUGGAGAGCGAUCAGGACCAAGACCAGGACCUGACCAUGGUGCCACCUGGACACCGCACAAAGCGUCGCCCCAGUGCCAGUGCCCUGGUCCUCCAGAAGGCCCUGCGAGGCCAUUUUCGCAAAGUGAGUGGCGUUUUCAACUCGCUGCUCACACCUGAGAAGAGGGCGAUCCGUAAAGUGGUAGAGCUGUCCAGAGAUAAGAGCUCGUACUUCGGCUCCUUGGUGCAGGACUAUCUGAGCUACAUGGGCGAGGGUGCGGGCACCCAGGCAUGGCAGGGAUACGACUCCGGACUGGACCUGCUGCAGACUCUCCGGCAGUUUAUCACACAGAUGAAGAGCUACCUUCGACAGAGCUCCGAGAUGGAGCCGCCCAUCGAGAGCCUGAUCCCAGAAGACCAGAUCGACCAAGUCCUGGAGAAAGCAAUGCAUAAGUGUGUCCUGAAGCCCCUCAAGGCCGUAGUGAGCAGCGCCCUGCAGGAAUUCCAGAUACGCAGUGGGGAGUGGCAGGAGCUGAAGGAGAACCUGUCCCAGGCCAAGGCCAGGCAGCCACAGGAAAUGGGCGUGGCCGACGCGCAGCCCCCGGACACAGUGGCCAUAGAAAAGAUCAAACACAAGUUCCACACCAUGUGUAAACUGUACUCUCCAGAGAAGAAGGUCAGCAUGCUGCUCAGAGUCUGCAAACUGAUCUACACCAUCAUGGAGGACAACUCAGGUCGUCUGUAUGGUGCUGAUGACUUCCUGCCCAUGCUGACCUAUGUGUUGGCCCAGUGUGACAUGCCUCAGCUGGACAAUGAGAUACUCUACAUGAUGGAGCUGCUGGACCCCUCACUGCUGCAUGGAGAAGGUGGCUACUACCUGACCAGUGCGUAUGGAGCCAUGUCUCUGAUCAAGAACUUCCAGGAGGAGCAAGCAGCCAGAGUGCUGAGCUCUGAGACCAGAAACACACUCCACCAGUGGCACCGCCGCCGCACCACCCAGCGCUCUGCACCAUCCAUCGAUGACUUCCAGAACUACCUGCGGGUUGCUUUGCAGGAGCUGGACAGCGGCUGCACAGCCAAGACCCUGCAGGUGCAACCUUAUGCCACCGUGGAGGAGGUGUGCCAGCUGUGCGCCCGCAAGUUCAAAGUGUCUGACCCCGAAAACUACGGCCUGUUCCUGUUGAUGGAGGGCAACAGCCAGCAGCUGGCCCCAGACACCCACCCUCAAAAGAUAAAGGCUGAGCUGCACAGCCGCCCGCAAGCCGGUCCCUUCUACUUCGUCUUCCGUCGCGUGGCCAGUAGCAGCACCGCCCAGCUAUCUGCUCCCCUUCAUGUGGCGCCCAACCUCAACGACCUCACCGUGACCUCUGACACAAAGGCCAACCUGAACGACCUCAGCACGGACCUGUCGACUGACUCCCCCAAACCCAGAGUCAGCUUAGGCCUGAGCCUGCCACCGAGCCACCUCAGCAGCUCCAUCUCUGUGUGACUGUAGCAGCGAGCAGAAGCCUGAACAAGCUCUUUGUCUGCCGCAGUGUCACCCAUAACUCCAGUAAACAAAAACAUGUGGAGACACACGAGCUGGGCUCAGCGCUGUGGCGUGCCAGUCUUUGCAAAGCCGGACUUCUCCUUUCUUAGUCUGGGGAAGGUUCUGUCUGACAGGCCAGUUAUUUGUCUUCCUGCUCUGGAUUUCUUAUCAGGGUAACUUUGUGGUAAACAGCUCUGUCAGUUGCUGUUUCCACCUCCUGAUGGAGGGAAUCUGAGCUCAGACACAUGGGACAGUUCCUUUAAGUAUACAAAUAGAUGUAGGUUAUAUAUGUCAUUUAAGUUUACGUCUCACAGUUGCUGGUAAACUGUAACUUUAUUGUUUGAAUUUUAAAAAGAUAAUCCUUCAGAUUGUUGAUUUGUGUGGAUUUAGCGGCACCUGGUGGUGACUGAUGCACAAAGCCAUUUAAAAAAGAGAGAAUGAAGCCACUUCUAAUACAACAACAAACAAAACAAUGUUAUUAAUAAUAAUAAUAAAAACCCAGCAUGCAAUGCGCUGGACAGUCUGAUUUCUUUAUUAAAAAAGAGAAAAGAUUCUAGUGGUUUCAUGGUAAAUGUGCUAGUGUUAAUAAUGAUUAUUACUAACAAAAUAUAUAUAAUAGGUAUAAGGUUAUAUAGGUUUGCAAUGAUUCACUCAUUCUUAAGAAGCAUAUGAAAAAAAAUUGAAUGUAAUAAAAUAUAAACAGAGCUGAUGUCCCAAUCAUUUGGACCAAACUGUUACCUGACCUGGCUAGCCACCAUUGUUUAGGUGCAGCAGCUACAGAGGUGUGAGCAGACCUCCACCUUUCUCACUCAAAUGACUUCACACUACAUCUAAACAAACUUGGAUUUAAAAGAUACAAAAAUUGGUGGGAUUCCCCUUUAACAGAAUGCAGAAAUUUAAGAGACGCUGUUUUUUUUGUUGAUGAUGGUGUUUUGUCAUUUUUUUUGUUCCAUAGUUGUCCCCACCAUCUGCUGGAUUUAAAGGGAAUUGUUGAUGCUGACGUAGAAUGAGAUGUGUCAGCGUGAUCAGAUCAUCUGAAGGAUUAACUUUGUAAAAUUUAGCUCAUGCAUGUAGUUUGUGUUUAAUGUUAGAAAAGGCAGGUGUUGCCAGUGUUUGUGUAUUUACUGACAGUAUCCUGGUGAUAUGAACGAGGCUCUUUCAGACCUGAGAGAUGUUGCUGGUUAUCGUUUCAGACCGUAGGGGUGGAACAGUUCUCCAAAGCCGUGGUUUCCCUUCAUACCUCGGUUUUCGUUAGAGGAGAAGAAAAAGAUUUUACUUGACCCCGACCUCAUUAUGAACAAAACGGAUUCACUCGUUACCUGAAUGGUCUGUAAAUAGUAACCAGGCAUUGACAGCUUCAUAUCACAGUCCAGGGAGACACGACCAUGGCGUGACACUGUGGGUGUUUGUGUUACAGUUUCUGAAUUGUUCCACUCCUAUGAGAGUGAUAUGUGACAGAUCCUGCGGCCGGCUGCCCCGUCUCUGUACUACUGACAAAGGCCUUUAACCCGGGUGGUAAGAACAUGUAUGAAGACACUGUGUGGACAUCUAAGCUGGUCUGAGGUCCCACAGUCACACACGUUGAAAGGAAGGUGUAGAGGGUACCGUGAUGAUGGAGGGGAAAGUACUGAGAAGGACCUGCAGUACAGCGUAGCGUUGAUUUUGGUGCUGUUGAUCCAAAUGCUUAAAUUAUAAGGUUUCAGGUAAUCAGCAUAUAAAUAUAUACACAUUUACCAGUGUCAGUGUCCAUUGUUUAUCUGCCUGAAGUGCUGAAAGACUCUGAAACAGUCAUUUUAAGUUCCAGAUUUUAUUGUUUCCCUUGGCACAAAAUAGAAAAAGAGCAGUAAAAAUAAAAUGAAUGAAGGAAUGAAAAUAUGAAAUCAGCUAUAGGCCAAAUAAUUAUAAACAUCAGCGUCAGCCCAAAAUUUCACAAUCAGCACAUCUUGAGUUUGAACAAUUGGAAAAGCUGAAAAAGAUGCUCAUGCAGUGAAUGAACUGAAGUGCAGUGCUCUGUUCAGUCCUGUUUUACGCAGGAUGAAGUGUAACAGCUGAAACAGGGAAGUGAAAGUGUUGCUGAGUAGCAUUAAUCUUGUACAGAGCCUGUCGUGCAGACCUCUGUGGGCCAAGUCUUCAGCGUCUGAAUUUAUACCUGCUGCCAUGUUCCUCUAACAUUCUUUGAGUAUUUAUAUGUCUCUGUGCGGGAAUUUUUCACAGAUGGCUUUUCAAUGUUAAAAAUGUUCUUCAUGGUGUCAAAAUAUCUUUAGUAUCCAGGAGACAUCCUGCUUAUCAUCCAUGUCAGAAAUAUUCUUUUUGCACUCAAUAAAUGGUGGAAAUGGAAA